CAUUCUGUUUUCGCUGUCGCUCUCGGGAAGCUCGCAAGGCAUCGCUAUCGCUUCGACAUUUCCAAUUCAAUCGGGCCCAAUCAGAAAAUAAUCGAAACAAAUUGCAGAGUUCGCAUUUAAUUGCAAUGUCUGGCACGUUAUAAAAUGUGAAAUUGUGUGCUGUUUAAGCGGGCUAACUGUGUGUGUGGUGUGGUGUGCUGUGCUUUAUGUGUGUGCGUGAAUGUGUGUUGUGUUGUGCUAUGUUGUGUGAGGAUGUGUGAACGAGUGUGUUUGUUUAUGUGAAUAUGUAAACAACCCAAAAAAGGCUAAGGCCAGGCCACCAACAAAAAAAAAGUUUCCAUUAUUUCUAAGCGAAAAGUGUGUGUUAGCCAAUUAGUUAAGUAAUUCAAUAACAAAGCAACAGCAACAGCAAUAGCAACAAAAACAAAAUUACUCACCCCCUCCCAUAAUAAAGUAGCAAUACUAAAUAAUAACAAAUGAGCACAACGGAUUUGGAUCUGGAGUCCUGCGCGCUGUUGACCGGCGAAACUGUCGAAGCUGCUGCCGCCGCCGCUAACGACUCUGUCACUGUCAGGACACGCACUAAGCAACGCGUCAGUUUAAAUUCAAAACGUCGACGCAGCCGUAUGUCCCGACGCGCGAAUCUCAUUGGCAUUUGUGGCGUUAGCAGUUUGUGCAUACUGCUGCUGAUUGCCACCACGCAGCAUCGACCGCUCACCUCGCCCUUUAGCAGCGGCAACAGCAAUGGCAACGGCAACGGCAAUGUUGCCUCCAGUCUGCUGUCGAAUAAUCUCGGCGGCCGCAAUGGCGGCGGCGGCUAUUAUGAGCGACAGCAGCAGCAGCAGCCAUCACAAACUGCCGCCACCAUUUACAAUAUGACAGCGACCAUAGUGGAUGUCCUGGCGGCGCAGCGUGCGCGCAUUCUCACCGAAAUGGAGAACUUUGAGUAUCCUCGCGGCGGUGCCGAGAAACUCAAUGACAUGACCCUCGAAACUGGCGGCACGCCAGUUCGCAGCAUUGUCGUUACCAGCUGGCGCUCGGGCUCCACAUUUCUGGGAGACAUCCUGAAUGCCAUACCGGGCAAUUACUAUCACUAUGAGCCGCUGCUGGACUUUGGCAUUAAGCAAGUGCGCGAUCCCGAUGAUCAGCAGCUGGCCGUGCAAAAUCUCAAGAAUCUGCUCAAUUGUGAUUAUGGCGAUAUGACUGAUUAUCUCGAAUAUGGCAAGACGCACACCUAUCUCUUUGAGCACAAUCAACGCCUUUGGGAUGUUUGUCGCGAGUAUCCGCGCUUCUGUUGGCGUCCCGCCUUCCUCACACCAUUCUGUCGACUGUUCCCCAUACAGAGCAUGAAAACGGUGCGACUGCGUCUCGCUCAGGCCGAGCAGUUACUUCAGGAUCAAAGUCUAUCCAAUAUGCGGAUUGUGUUGUUGGUGCGGGAUCCACGUGGCACAAUGCAAUCACGACGUCAUCGUGUCUGGUGCGCAGGCAAUGAGGAUUGUGAGGAUCCGGCCUUAGUUUGUCAGGAUCUUGUUGAUGACUACAAAACAGCUGAGACGUUGCUCAAGUCAUAUCCAGGUCGAUUCAGAACUCUGCGAUAUGAGGAUUUGUCACUGAAUCCGUAUGACGUGACGCAGGAUAUUUUGCAGUUUUAUGGCUUGCCCUUUGACCCCGCUGUUGAAGAGUUUCUGGACACUCACACUAAGGAAAAUAUAGGUGGCGUUAGUUCCACGUAUCGUGAUUCCAGAUCGGCACCAUUUCACUGGAAGCAAGAUCUAAAGGCUGAAGAAAUUAAACAAAUCCAGGAUGUGUGCGUGGAGGCCAUGGAUCUGUGGGGAUAUCGUCGCAUAAACGACUUUAGCAAUUUCACUAACAUGCAGCAGAACUUUGAUCCAAUUGUGCUGCCAUCGCCGUUUACGUGAAUUCGAUGUGGCGACAACUGAUAAUGAUAACUAAUUCUUCUACUUGGUACAUUUUGUUGUGAUAUCGUCGUGUUGAGCGAGCAAAAAGAUUAUGGAGAGACAGAGUGAGAGAGGGAGAAAGCAUGGAAAAGCAUUAACUAACAGAGAAAAGUCGGGUUACAGUUGGCACACUUUUUUGCUAAACACGCAAAACACACUUACUGAGCAAUAGUUAAUGAUAUACCACAUACGAUACGAUAUACUAUACUAUAUACAUAUACAAUAUAUGAUUACGAUAAAUGCAUAAUUUUAGUAAUUGGCGAAUUUUGUGUAGCGCGUAAAAAUCGAAUAUCACAUUUAUAUUAUAUUUAGGCAUAGCAUUUAAGCAACAAUAACUGAUAAAUGAGAACUUAGUCUUUAUAUAAAGCACGGGCUGGCAUUGAAAAUUGAAUUCUUUACUUGGCUUCUCAAUGUAAAUUAUUUAGAUAACAACUUUUUGUAAUGUUCUGCUUAUGGAAUACAAACCACAAAUCAAAUGCAAUUAAAAGCAAAAGAAGAGCAUAAAGAAAUCCAGUGAUUUAGUAAUUAAACAUAACAAAAACGUAUCAACAGAAAUUGAAACACAUUUAGAUAAAUUUAUUAAACGUAAAAAUAUACAAUACAAAAAAUAUUUCCAAAUGAGAAAAGAAGAAAAGCAAUUGUGCAAUAAAAACCAUAUGAAACUAAAAGCAUUCUGAAAAUGUAGACGCAAAUUUGGCAUACGA